AUGGCUUGUAGCAUUGAAAAAAUGUCUUUAAACAUGAGUAAAGAAGAGCUACUCCGCUGUCCGAAAUGCUCGGACCGCCUCAUCCCUCGUCUGCUCGAUACGACGAAAGGGGGCCUCCAGAAGAUUUGGUGGACUUGUGCUUCAAACGAGGAUUCGGCGUCCUUCUGUGCGUUUCCUUUUGACAUGCCACCAGAAGUCUUUUGGGUGACCCGCUGCCCAUCAGAAAUCGAGAAGAACGUUAUUCCGGAGCCUAACUUCGAAAAAUUGCCGAAAAGGUUUCUCCAGCGCUAUUAUCCUUCCCUCCUUCGAUCGUCGUCGCGCCAAUCAGAAGAAUCUGGACGAGGAUAUAUUAUGAAAACCAAAAACAAAAAGAGCAGGAGUCGUUCUGAUGGAGUUUCUGUUGGCACCUCGGAUUCUGGCUUACUGGCAAACAGCGACAUCAGUAAACCUGCAGAGCAGUCGCUGCAGGCGAUUUCCAGUGAUGCGGUCAUGAGUCCCACCGGAACGGAUGCUGAUGUGUACAGUGCUUGCCCACCCACUCCGGAUCUUGAUGAUUGUCCUCAAAGCCCUGACGAUUCGGAUGCCGCUAGUUCCCAGGGCUCCAUUUCUGGUUGUGUGGCGGUGGCGAGCACGAGCGGCUCUAGCACCUACUCGCAGCGCCUGCUUACCUAUAGUAGCAAGCGUUCCCACUCCAAGGACCCGGAUGCGCCUCCCAGCAAACGGCGUGUCUUUAGACCGUUCCAGGAUUCAUCCGCACCCAGUGUGCACAGGCCGAACAUCAUCACGCACAUCAAAGUGAUGCCUCCUUCUCCGUUUGUCUGCACUACCGUGGAGCCAAUGGAAAAACUGAAGGCGGCGAUCUCCAUCAUGCAUUCCAAGUCAGGCGAGCGUCCGUCCGACGUCGAGUUGAGAAAGGUCGGCCUGAACAGCGGCUACAUGAAAAAGGUCGAUAGCUGGAAUCGCUCGGCCAUCUUUGAAGCUAUCGAAGAGGACUGCAAGAAGACUUUGCGGAAGGCCGGACAACGUAUAUUGGCGGGUUAUGAGCCGAAGCGCGUGCAGCCGGCCCCAACAGACGAGACGCUUGAGCGCAUUGAAAUGAACGAGGCGAGAACGGUGGUUGAUCGGCUGUUGACGGCGAAAGCCCAGCAACGGCAUGGAAUGCCUGAAGAGGCUCAACAAUACUUGGAUCAACCCCGCGUUCAAGUCGAACAAUUCUACCCUACUCAAUAUGCUGCGCCCCAGAGCCCCUACCAAAAAAUGCAGCCGCCACCGGACGCUUACGCAUACCAAGUACCGCCACAGGACGAGCCCCGGCAAAUUGCUUCUACCGAAGCAUACGGCCAUUAUUUCGACGAUGCGCAGCAGCAGGUUGAUUGGACGGGCCAAGCAAGGGCGGUCUCCGAGUUCGGCUACGGUGACGAUUGGUAUGACACGGACCAGUUCAUCGACUACACUGGCGCUGAGCCGGGCCCAGGUGGCACCACCUACAUGAUGCCUGCCGAGCCCACCCAAUCAGAAAUGCCGCCCGAAGCAGAGGUCUCCGAUCCACUGAAUCUUGACAUCUGGCCC